GUUUUGGACUUUGGUAUUAUUUUUUCUAUUUAGGUAUAGAUGUGAUGUUUGUGAUUAUUUUUCUUAAUUCCAUGAUCUUAUGGAUUGAGAAACCAGGCCUGUGGCACUAGAAACGAGAGCUAAGGGUUUUUCUUUCUUCCUGCCUAUAACAAUGAACGCAUAACCCAGUUCUCAAAUUCAUUUUCUCUUGUGAGGACGGAAAGUACUAACCAACCCAACCGUGGGUAGUUUGUGAAAUAUAAGUUUGUGCAUAGGUUGUUCAAAAGAAAAUAUCCAACAAGCAUAUGCAAAUGGAAGCAGCCAAUGACUCUUAUCAUGAAACUGUCCUGAAAUCUCAGAUGGAAAACCCCAAUAACUCUGACCAUGAAACUGUUCCCAAACCACAAGUUGUACACCGGUGUAAAAAAUGUCGAAGGAUUGUUGCUGCAGAAGAAAGCAUUGUUCCUCACCAGCGAGGAAAGGGAGAGCAGUGCUUUAAAUGGAAAAAGAGGAGCAGUAACCCCUGGGAAACAGAUAAGGAACCACCAGAAUGUUCUUCCAUUUUUGUGGAACCCAUGAAGUGGAUGGAAACAGUGCAAGAAGGUUACGUGGGAGAUAAACUUCUGUGCAUUGGCUGCAAAGCACGUUUGGGUUCUUUUAAUUGGGCAGGGAUGCAGUGCAACUGUGGAGCUUGGGUUAAUCCCGCAUUUCAGCUGCACAAAAGUAGAUUGGACGAGUGUCGAAUGUGAGACUAGCCACUCUCUUUGCAGAAACCUUAGACAAGUGAGGGAAAUGAAAGCUAUUGUGUUUAGGCAUAUUUGUGAGUAGACAGAUGACAUAUAGUUUAUAGGAGUUGAACUACCUUUUCAAUUGAGAGCAUUGCUUCUCAAAAUCACCUACUUUGUAUUGCUUCAAUUGAUAAUUUUAAUUAUUAAAUUCAACUUCUUUUCAA